CGGUGCACACGCGGCCGAAGGGCGGGGACACGGAGGAGGCGGGGACUCGGGCUCUUCGCCGCGCGCGCCCCGCAUUCUGCCCCUCACUCGGUGCUCGCGGUCCCGCUCGCUGCCCGCACGCCUCCGCCCCGCAGACAUGCUCCGGUUGCCCGCAGUCCUCCGCCACGUCCGCCCGGCGUCCGCGCUGGCGCCGCAGCUCACCCGGGCCUACGCCAAGGACGUGAAGUUCGGGGCGGACGCCCGCGCCCUGAUGCUCCAGGGUGUCGAUCUGCUCGCCGACGCGGUGGCCGUCACCAUGGGCCCCAAGGGAAGAACAGUGAUUAUUGAACAGAGUUGGGGAAGCCCAAAAGUAACAAAAGAUGGUGUGACUGUUGCAAAGUCCAUUGACUUAAAAGAUAAAUAUAAAAAUAUCGGCGCCAGACUUGUUCAAGAUGUUGCCAAUAACACAAAUGAAGAGGCUGGUGAUGGUACCACCACCGCUACUGUACUCGCUCGCUCUAUCGCCAAGGAAGGCUUUGAAAAGAUUAGCAGAGGUGCUAAUCCAGUGGAGAUCAGGAGAGGUGUGAUGUUAGCUGUUGAUGCUGUAAUUACUGAACUUAAGAAACAGUCUAAACCUGUGACAACCCCUGAAGAAAUUGCUCAGGUUGCUACAAUUUCUGCAAAUGGAGACAAAGAAAUUGGCAACAUCAUUUCUGAUGCAAUGAAAAAGGUUGGAAGAAAGGGUGUCAUCACAGUAAAGGAUGGAAAGACACUGAAUGAUGAAUUAGAAAUUAUUGAAGGAAUGAAGUUUGAUCGUGGUUAUAUUUCUCCAUAUUUUAUUAAUACAUCGAAAGGUCAGAAAUGUGAGUUCCAAGAUGCAUAUGUUCUGUUAAGUGAAAAGAAAAUUUCCAGUGUUCAGUCCAUUGUACCUGCUCUUGAAAUUGCCAAUGCUCACCGGAAGCCCUUGGUGAUAAUUGCUGAGGAUGUAGAUGGAGAAGCUCUGAGUACACUUGUUCUGAACAGGCUAAAAGUUGGUCUUCAAGUUGUAGCAGUCAAAGCUCCAGGUUUUGGUGACAAUAGAAAGAACCAGCUUAAAGACAUGGCUAUUGCUACUGGUGGUGCAGUAUUUGGAGAAGAAGGACUGACUCUAAAUAUUGAAGAUGUUCAGCCUCAUGACUUAGGAAAAGUUGGAGAGGUCAUUGUAACCAAAGAUGAUGCCAUGCUCUUGAAAGGAAAAGGUGACAAGGCUCAAAUUGAGAAACGUAUUCAAGAAAUCAUUGAGCAGUUAGAUAUCACAACUAGUGAAUAUGAAAAGGAAAAACUGAAUGAACGUCUGGCAAAACUCUCAGAUGGAGUAGCUGUCUUAAAGGUUGGUGGGACAAGCGAUGUUGAAGUAAAUGAAAAGAAAGACAGAGUUACAGAUGCCCUCAAUGCUACACGAGCUGCUGUUGAAGAAGGGAUUGUUCUUGGAGGGGGUUGUGCUCUGCUUCGGUGCAUUCCAGCCUUAGACUCACUGACUCCAGCCAAUGAAGAUCAGAGAAUUGGUAUCGAUAUUAUUAAAAGAACCCUCAAAAUUCCAGCAAUGACCAUUGCUAAGAAUGCAGGUGUUGAAGGAUCAUUGAUAGUUGAGAAAAUUUUGCAGAGUUCCUCAGAAGUUGGUUAUGAUGCAUUGGCUGGAGAUUUUGUAAACAUGGUGGAAAAGGGAAUCAUUGAUCCAACAAAGGUUGUAAGAACUGCUCUCUUGGAUGCUGCUGGAGUGGCCUCUCUGUUGACUACAGCAGAAGUUGUAGUUACAGAAAUUCCUAAAGAAGAAAAGGACCCUGGAAUGGGUGGAAUGGGUGGAAUGGGUGGAAUGGGAGGUGGUAUGGGAGGUGGCAUGUUCUAAUUCUUAGAAUAGUGCUCUACCAUUAUUAAUGAACUGUGAGAGGGAACUCAGUAGUGUUCCUCAUCAAUAACUUCAGAGAAGUCAGUUGAAGGAAAUAACUGAAAAAAAAAAAAGGCUGGCUGAUGCUUAGGAAAAUCACUAUAAUCAUCAGUUACUGGUUUUAGUUGACAACAUAUAAUGGUUUACUGCUGUCAUUGUCUAUGCCUACAGAUAAUUUAUUUUGUAUUUUUGAAUAAAAAAGACAUUUGUACAUUCCCGAUGACUGAGUGCAAGAGCCAUAUAGCAAUAUACUGCUUUCAACUUAAAUCACUGAGGCAUUUUUACUACUAUUCUGUUAAAAUCAGGAUUUUAGUGCUUGCCAUCAUCAGAUGAGAAGCAGCAGCCUUUAUGUGGAGACUAAGAAUAAUGAUGUACAAAGUAGAGAACUAUCCAAUUAUGUGACAACUUUUGUGUAAUAAAAUUUUUUGUUUAAAGUUAA